AUGUAUAAACAUGCACGAUCAACCAACGGAUUGCUAAAGGAUCCAUUUGCUCAAUUUUGGUAGGUGUUUUUUUAACUGUUUUCCACAUUUCAGAGGUCUCGAAAAAACUUCAAGACAAAGUUUUGUUAUAUUGUACUAGGUCCAGGUGAACCCGUUGGGUUUUAGAUAACUACAAAAAUGGUCAUGGAGGAAUCCAAUGGACAAUGUAUACACGAUGAAUAGAAAGAUGACAUCCGGUAGCUUGAGGUAUGGUUGAUAGCAUUCACCUGGACCUAGUACAAUAUCGCAAAUUUCAUGUCUAAAAAUUUUUCUGCCAGAAACCUUUUAGGCACUUCAAAUUCAUCUGUUUUACUGUUAGUAUGUAACGCAUAAAAAAUUGAGUUUAAGCCGAACUCAUAUUAUAGUUUCCCGAAAAAAAAACUUUUUUCUAAUAUCUCCAAAUAUUUUCAGUGAAACCAGAAGCAUUAGAAGCAAUAAUAUACAUCUACGGCCGCCUACAGAAGCGACGAACGCCCCAUCAAAAAAUCUCACAAUCAGGUCCUUCGUGCAUUGAAGUCUUAUUCUACUUGUGCCGCUUAAUUGUUUGAGUUAUAGAUUGAAAUAAAUCUUCAUUUUUUUGCACGGUGCGGUUAUAAAUAAAAUGACUUAUAAAAACAUAUAUGAAAUUAUAAGUCAAUUCAACAAGAGCGCAUAGAGAACCCUUAUAAAAUCAUAUAUGAACAUAUAAGUCAUUUAAAAUGACUUAUAAGAACAGAUAAUGACUUAUAAAAAAAUCAUUUCAUUAUAAGUCAUUAUAUGUUUUUAUAAGUCAAUUUGGGUCCGCUGUGUAAUCUCAGGGCCGCAAUGCGAUGAAAUGAGCCGGAAUGAUGUCAAAUUUCAGUGAGAGAGCUUUGCUUUUCCUGCGAGGAAGGUUUAAACAUCCCCGACUAAAAAACUCACUUUUAACACAUCAAAAAACAUCACACAUCUAGUAUAAUAUACAAAUUCAAGAAAAUCUUAUAACAAGCGUUAAAUGGAUGUUUAUGUGCUUCAAUAAACAUCCCUCUAACAUCAGUAGACCUAAUUUUAGUCACCUCUCUCGCGCGUCGUCGUACUUUACAGUAGGAACCUUGUACUAGAGGAAGACUUGACCUGUUGAGUGCGAGACUUGACCCAAACGAAAUUUGUGCGCCAUUUUCGGGCUUGAUGCAGAAUUUUUUGUUGUGAAAGUGUUGUUAUUGUUCCUCACUCAUUCCUGAAUAAUAAUCUAGAUUAUUUAAUUUUAAGGUGAGCUUUGAAUUUAGUUUAGACAUUAAUUUAGGUAAUACUUCAGAAGAAUCGAGUUUAGGUAGCUUUCUGUUGGGGAAAUCUGUUUGGUUGUUCGUAAAAUACGCUUUCUCUACUUGACAUUGCUUUUUUCAGAAUAAAAUGUCGAAGGAUCGACGUCGCUGCUUUUUUGAUAUUGCAAUUGACGGAGAACUUGCGGGAAGGAUUGUGAUUGAAUUGUACGACGACAUUUGUCCAGAAACUUGUGAGAACUUCUGCCAGCUAUGUGUGGGAGAGUCUGGGAUCGGCAAAACUACUGGAAAGACAUUGCAUUAUAAGGGAUCCAUUAUACAUCGAGUUGUGAAGAAUUUCAUGAUUCAGGUAAGAUCUUGAAGUUUUUUUGGUUUUUGAUGUUUAGGAAAUCUUGGAGAGGAUGCAUUUGCUCUUUUGAGGCCAAAAGAUUUGAUGUCGGGGCUGAAUCCAGCCUAGACCGACUUUUAUUUAGUUUAGGUGGUCAAGUACAAUAUACUUUUUGUUGUAUUUCUUGAUACAGACGGAAUAACUUUGAAAUUUUAUGUUCUCCAUGAAGCUCAUGAAUCUCUUCAGCUCUCUGAUAACUUUCUGUGGUGGCAUACAUCGGCUUAGCCUGCGUUUAGAUCAAUUUUGAUGAGUCUGACUGUUAAAUCUUUUUAGGGUGGAGACUUUACAAAUGGCAAUGGAACAGGUGGUGAAUCCAUCUACGGUGGAGUUUUUGAGGACGAAAAUUUCAUUGUCAAACAUGACCAGCCAUUUAUUGUCAGUAUGGCCAAUAGAGGCCCAAAUACCAACGGAUCUCAGUUCUUUAUUACAACCAAUACUACUCCUCAUCUCGACGACGUUCAUGUGGCUUUUGGCAGGGUAAGAUUCCCGGUUUAUUAUAUUAUUUUAUGUUUAGGUUGUGCAAGGUCAAGAUGUUGUGACAAAAAUUGAAAAUCUCAAGACCGGACCUAAAAAUCGUCCAGUUUCUGAUGUUGUUAUUGCUAAUUGUGGGCAAUUGAUUAAGAAGAAGAAAGAAAAUGAGGAGUCGGAUUCGGAAAGGUAGGUGUCUAGUGUAAUAUUUAUUUUUUUGUGUUUAGUGUGAAAGAGAAAAAGAAGAAGAAAGAAAAGAAGGACAAGAAGAAGAGAAAGAGAAGUCAUUCCAAGUCCCCUGAGAAGGAGGCGACCCCGGAAUUGCCGGAGGACAUCUCGACAGUUCGCCCAGAGGACCUUCCAGAAGAGCCGGUGACAAAUAAGUGGCUGCUGCGGAAUACGUAAGCGAUUUUUCUGCCUCAAAUAGAUUGUUUGUGAUGUGAUAGAUGUUGUAGAAAAAUUUGACAACUAUUUGAGUGAUUUUCUGAGUUUAGAUCCCCCAAAAAUGGCAAGGAUACCAAAUCGGACCGAGAAAAAAGAGACCGAGAUCGUUCAAGUCGUCGUGAUCGUGACAGACGAGGUCGAGACCGCUCCCCAAGGGCUAGAGUUGACAGACAAGGACUGAAGGUCCGUGGCAGAGGCAGAUUGUGCUAUAGAAGUUUGUCCAGAGACGGCUCAGCCACUCCGCCACAUUGGAAGAAAGAGGAGGUAGGAUAAUAUAAUUUUUUUGCGAAAUUUAGGUGAUCUUCUUGCCUUUUGUAAUGGUUAAACCAAUGUGAAUGACAGUUAUGAUAUCUGGUUGGAUUUUCGAAUAGAAUUAUCGGCAUAAUUGGUCGUAAAUUUUCAGAGUCGACUGAUCACCAUUGAUGAGUUGAAGAAAAAACAGGAAGAGCGAGAAAAGCAAGAACAGGAAGAGGAAGAAGCCCAAGUUCAUAACUAUGGAUACAGAGCUUCUCCACCAAUUGGUAGACCGAGCUCACGUCAAGAUCGUCGGGAACGAAAUGGCCUUGGAGACAGACGAAGAUCUGAUGAUGUACAUCAAGAAUACCCGAGGAAACGGCCGGAAAUCGGUAAAAUUUUUUUUUAUUUGUUGUGGAAUUUAGAAUAGAGUGGUAAAUGAGUUUAAAAUGUUGUUAAUGAUAUACUCUUUUAAUUAUAUUUUUUUUUUUUAUUAUUAUGCCUAUUUUAGUUUUCGACAGAGAACGCUCGCCUCGAAGAGAAACUAGACGAGAAAAAGAUCAGGAGCGCGAAAGAGAGCCCAGAGAAGAUCGUGAAAACCGACAUAGAGAUGAGAGAGAUCGUCAUGGAGAAAGAGAACGACGAGACGAACGUGGAGACCAUCAUAGAGAUGAGAGAAAAAGAGGUGACCUCAGAGAUCAAGGAGAUGGUGAUAAACAACGAGAUGGGGAUGGUAAGCGAUGAUUUUGAGGUUUUUUGAAGAGUUAAUGAGAUGGGAACUGGGACGAUUGAGGAAAAAGUACGAUUGGGGAAACCGAAAAUUAUUAUUUUUCUUCGAUUCAAGUGUGAAAUUAGGAUAAUCGAGGGCGUUGAUUUCGAAAAUGACAUUCAUUUUUUUGAUCUUUACUUUUUUCCUUAAGUAGUACUGUAAAGUAGUAAUUUUUUGAUUUUUUUUCGUGAAUACUCGAUUUGGGGGUUUUACGUUGGUGCUGCUUUCAAAUCAGAAAAAAUGAAUACGAUUUUCGAAAUCAGCACCAUAGAAAACCCCUAAAUCGAAUAUUUAUGAAAAAAAAUCAAAAAAUAACUACUUUACAGUACUACUUAAGGAAAAAAGUAGAGAUCAGAAAAAAAUGAAUGUCAUUUUCGAAAUCAGCGCCCUCGGUUGUCCUAAUUUCACACUUGAAUCGAAGAAAAAUAAUAAUUUUCGGUUUCCCCAAUCGUCUUUUCCCCGAUCGUCCAACUCCGGUGGAAUGAUUGUGAGGUUAGAAGACAGUAGAAUAAGUAAAAGUGGAUUUUUAAUGGAUUUUUUUAAUCACCAGAUAUUGUUUUAGGUCAUCAGAAGACCCUGCCUUACACUCCGGUCGAACCGACAAUUAAUGUGAACCCCUUGGAAACAGACCUCUCAAAUAUCAAGAGAAAGCCGAUUAUGCCACCGGCGGAGCUCCCAUCCACCUAUAUCAUCGAAACCGAACCGAUGAUCCAGCCAGAAACCAACUGGGCCAAGGACCAUGGAAAACGCGCCAGAAGAGAGCAUAAAGUCAUUGAAAAGGAGAGAAUUGAUCCGAAAGAGCAUGUGGAAAAGAAUGGAGACAAAAGAAGGGAGGCCGAAUCACCACCCAGGAAAUUAAGGUAAGAAAUCUGGAUUUUGGUCAUGGUGAAUAUAAUUUUUUGACAAGAAAAGUACUUCUAUGGAGUAUGGAGUUACAGGUCGAGAGAUAUCAAAAAAAUCACAAAUUUUUUCUGAUUCAGAAUAUGUAAAAAUUAGCUGCCCAAUUUUGGUUUGUUGCGGCGAAAAAACCCUCAGAACUUUUCUGGCAACACCACGAAAAGCCUCUUUUUUAUAUUGGAACUGUUAAUUAAGGUGUAGUAUUAAUCAAAUUUGAUAUUGUAAGGCUUAUCAAGAUACCAGGAUUUACUUUAUAAGCUCAAAACAAAGCUUUUGAAUUUGUACAGACCUGAUCCAGUGACAAAAAACGUACAGUUUUGCAUCCGGGAAGUAUCAAAAAUGUGGCAAAAUGCAUCCCUCUCCAAGUGAAAAAACUUUUUUUUGAAAGGCGCGCUCUUUCCCUCAAAAAAAAAGAUCAGGCGCGCUUUUGAAAUGGAAGGUUUUUCACUUGGAGAGGGAAGCAUUUUGCCACAUUUUUGAUACUUCCCGGAUGCAAAAUGGUACGUUUUUUGCCGCUGGAUCAUGCCUGUACCAAUUCAAAAGCUUUGUUUUGAGCUAAAGUAAAUCCUGGUAUCUUGACAAGCCUUAAAAUAUCAAAUUUGAUUAAUUCUACACCUUAAUUAACAGUUCCAAUAUAAAAAAGAGGCUUCUGCGUGGUGUUGCGAGAAAAGUCCUGAGGGUUUUUUUCGCCCUUACAAAACCAAAAUUGGGCAGCUAAUUUUUACAUAUUCUGAAUCAGAAAAAUUUUGCGAUUUUUUUGAUAUAUCUCUCGUCCCGUAACUCCAUACCCCAUUGAAGUACUUUUCUUGUAAAAAUUUUGACGUAAUUUUGCAUGUGAUUGCGGGAAAUGGAAGAUGAAGAAAGAAUCGAAAGUAAUUUUGAAUAUUUCAGCAGAAGAGAGAGAUCCAAAUCCGCUUCACCGUUAAAAGAUCGACAUGAGAAGUCGAGAAAAUCCCCAAGAAGAGAACGAAAAGACUCCCAUAAGAAGGCAGAAAAUGAAAGAAGAAGUCGAAGCAGAUCGCCAAGAAGAGAGGAGAGAAAGGAAAAGGGAAGAAAAUCGAGCUCACCGAGGAGAAGAUCAAAAUCACCCGCAAAAAGAGGUGAAAAGGAGAGAAAACGGUCGAUUUCCCCGAGAAAAAGGGAUGAAGAACCGAGAAGAAGAGUUGACUCAGCGAAAGGAAGGUCUACUUCACCGAAAAGAAAGUCGGUUUCCCCCAAAAGAAGAGAUGAAUCACCGGUUUCGGCGAAAAAACGGUCAAGAUCCCCCGAAAAAGAGAGAAAACGGUCGAUUUCGGGUAGAAGACGGUCGAUUUCACCCAAAAGAGGAGCUGAUUCGAAGAGAAGAAGGUCGAUUUCACCGAGAAGAAGAGCUGCCUCCCCCAAAAGACGUCGUUCUCCAUCUCCAAAACGACGAUCUUCACCGAGAAGAAGGUCGAUUUCACCGAAAAGAAGAUCACGAUCUCCAAGACCCUCCUCGAGAACGGAAAGAUCCCGUAG